AGCUUUCUACUGUUUCCUUUUUCUAAUGGUAAUAUUCUAGUUGUAUAGUCAGCAGUGAGCCACUGCACAGGAUAGAAAGAUUCAGUUUGUCCGUUAUCUUCUUUCACUGCAUACUCUUAAGUUAAAAUAUCUUCACACUUGGAGAGAGGGAGACUAGAGGGGUUUAAUUUCUCUAUCUAGAUCUCAGCUACCAAAACAUAAAUAUUUUCUCAUCUUGUGAACAAUUCCUCCUGCAUCAGUUUAACUUUUUUGAACUUUAUGUAACAACUUCAUUACUCCGAUCAAUUAGAAGAGGUCCACGCAUAAGUAUAUAAAUGCGGAAUUGGGAGCUAAAGAAGUGCUGCAACCAUGAGCAAGUUGUGUUCAUCACAACCAUCUCGGUCUGCACAGUUGUCAUUCUUGCGCUUUGGAGGACAGUACUUUUGAUGCCAUUCAAACUUGUUACGGUAUUUAUUCAUGAAGCUAGCCAUGCCUUAGCUUGCAAACUUACAUGUGGACAUGUGGAAGGAAUUCAAGUUCACGCUGAUGAAGGAGGAAGUACACAAACACGAGGCGGUGUAUAUUGGUUCAUCUUGCCAGCUGGAUAUCUUGGAUCAUCGUUCUGGGGAAUGGUUUUGAUACUAGCGUCCACAAAUCUUCUUGCAGCAAGAAUCGGUGCUGGAUGUUUAGUUAUUGCCCUAAUUAUUGUACUCUUAAUUGCUAAAAAUUGGACACUGCGGGCACUUUGCAUUGGAUUUAUUGUCUUUAUUGCCAUAAUCUGGGUUCUGCAAGAAACGACAGAUAUACGUGUACUUCGUUACGUCAUUCUAUUUAUCGGUGAAAAUUCUAAUAGCUCUCUGUUUCUGUCCAACUUUAGAAUUAGCAUUUCAUUAUAUAUUUUUAGGUUGCUGAAUAGGGACAAAGAUUUCUCAUGUACACUUUGGUAUCUUACAGGUGUAAUGAACAGUUUAUUCUCUGUGUAUGAUAUCUAUGAUGAUUUGAUAUCACGAAGAGUUAAUAUUAGCGAUGCUGAGAAAUUUGCAGAAGUUUGUCCUUGUCCUUGUAAUGGUGUUGGAUGGGGUGUCAUUUGGGGGAUUAUAUCUUUUAUAUUUCUUUGUGGAGCCAUGUACCUUGGUCUGGUGAUUCUUUCUUGAGUACUGUAUGUUAUGCAGUUAUCUUCAUGAACGGUUGUUGGAAGGAAUGUAUUGGAUUUCAUAGAUGGGGUUCAUUCUAUUUUCAUCAUCUGCACAUCUGUGAUCUGUGGUAUAAGCACAUAUGAUAAGCAUCUAUAGUCUUACUUCUUGUGACAAAAAGAAGAAAAGCCUUUGAAAGGCCAGAUCAUUUUUAGUUAUACUGCUGAUAUUAUGCAAGUUUAUGUAACAUUCAUCAAAUUGAUAUUGUAUUUAGCGGCAGAAAGAGAUCAUACCAAGUUCUGCACUACCUUGAAAAGAAAA